UAAAAAUACUCGAAAAUGCGCGGUUGAAAUGGAUUUUUUGUGGGUUUUGUGUUGUUUAAAAAAGCGUGGUUCUUGGACUCCCAAAAAAGAACCACCUAAUCCUAAACCAGAUUGGUUGAAUCAAUGGACAGUGAGUAAAGGUUGGAUUCAUAAUCGAUCUCAUAUGUUAAUGUUAGGAAUGAAGCAUCAUGAAACAAGCUCGGUGUGUACCGAUGAUUUAGAUGAUUUGAUUUCGAAUGGAGAUGAAAAAGAUUCAAAUCGAGACGAUAUAUUCGAAAAAAUCAAUGAAAAUUAUAGAUCGAAUUUCCCAAUUUUACAAUUUCAAAAUACCCAAACCAAAAAUGUUGUAUUAGAAACAAACGGAAAUUUUUUUAAAGAAAUUUGGACCAAAAUAAAUCAAAAACAACCAAAAAAAAUCAACAUCUCAAGCCAAAACAUCACCUUAUACAACACCCUAAAUUCAAAAACGAAUUUACACGAAGACACAAUUUACGAGUGUUCCUCAGAAGACAAUAAAAGCAGUUAUUUAAGCGUUUACAACAAUCCAAUUUACGCAACAACGAAUAAAUACUUUAGCUUCCAAACGAAUCAUUGCAAAAAGGAAGGUUUAAGCCACAGAAAUAAAAAACGCGAGAAAUACAUUAUUAGACAUAUUAAAAUAAGGAUUAUGCUCACGUUAAGAUUAAGCAAAAUUCACAAAACUAACAAGUUUUCGAGAAAAUUUCGUUCGUGUUUUAGUGAAACUCUAAAGAUGCAACAGAAAAGGAUUGGAAGAGGAAAAAAUUCGAUAAAAGUCCAAAAUUUUAGACACGGCAGAUUGAACGUUUUACGUUGGCUCUUGUGGGAAGCUCAGGUUCGAACCGAAAUGCCCGCUUUAGAAAGGGCUUCUUCGACAACAAACACAACUUUAGCACUACAUUACGCCGCUGCGAGAGGAUGUUUGGAUUGUGUAAGACUGCUUGUUGAUUCUUCGCAAGAGUUAAG